CACACGGGCGAAUGUAGGCACGCGCGACAGGCAUUGUACUUUUGAGACAGCAUCGUUUCGCAGCACCGUAAGAAGAAAGGGUUAUUCGUUAAGCCAUUUUCCUGCAAUCGAGAUAGAAAAUGGGGUACGUGCUGAGGGUGAGAUUAGCGUCGUUCUUUACCGGCGCUGCAACGGCGUCGUUUGCAGGUCUCUACAUCCUCCAUAGGGAUUACAAACUUGCGCAUCAAUCCCUUACUCAACAGACGAAUGGUCUCUACGAAUCACUUAACAGUCGAAUUUCUUCAUUGGAAAAACUCAAACAAACUGAAACUUCGCAACAGGCGGAAGCUACAGAAUAAGUAUGCGGAUUGAGGCAUCUGUUGUAGUUAAUUGUCGUGGUAGAAGUUUUAUCGAAUCUACUCCCUGCGACAAGUGACUUGUAAGGAGUAAAGUUUAAUUUCUCGCAUUUUAACUUUCUUACCAUAAGUGUCCGGACCAGUUCUGUAUUCUGAUGUAUGAUUACCCUUUCACCAACAAUAAUGCUAUAUUUGAGAAUUGAGAGAUAGAUUAAGUUAUGACAGAGACUUAUAUUACUGUUUGCAAUAAGCAAAAUAAGUACGAUUUUUAUUGGGUGUGAAUUUCUUGUCAUUAUUUGAGGCA